CGAACCUUUUUCAGUUGUUGGUGAAUGCGCUUCGAGCGUGUUGGUUGUUGCUUUAAAGCGGUCUGCGAGAUCUUUCGUGUUGUUGCGAUCUUUUAAGCUCGCGCGCGCGUUUAUUUUAAAACAUUUUUUGGUUAUUGUUGUUGUUGUUUUGAACUUUUAAAUACUGUGUUUGAGUUCUUGAGGAUUACUGAGUUUUAAGCGAGUUUUCAAGAUGAUGAAGCACGUGCAGCUUUCUCCAUAUAGGAGCAGAGCGGAUACAGUUUCCUUAAGUUCAACCACUUCAUAUGGGAGUCUAAGCCCAGAACCACUCGGAAGCAGAUCUUCCAGUUACUCAUCUUUGAAUGAGACUUCUAUACAGACCACGAUCAAAGUCUACGCAAGAUGCCUACGACCAGACAUCGAGUACAAAACUCUGAGCAUCACCUUCCAGACGACCUGCAAGGAAGUCGUGGGCACACUUCUCGGAAAAUACAAAAUGAAACAUCGGGAUCCAAAGUUGUUUUACUUGAGUAUGGAAGUGACUGUUAGGAAAGCGGGAGUUCGCACCCAUUUGGCGUUAGAUGAGGAAGCGAGACCUGCGGUUUUGCAAAGUUGCCAUCCGAAAGGCGAUUCAAAAUUUUCACUCCAGACCCGUCGAGGCGGUUUAGUGAAAGUUCACGACUCGGUCCUAAAUAGCAACUCACAAUACAAGUCACUACUGAUCAGCGCCAGAACUACCGUGGACGAACUAAUUGCCCUUUUGCUCAACUGUUACAACAGCAAGGAGAGAGUGGAACAGUUCUCCCUUUAUGAGGUGAAUCCAGAGAGAGAGCAACAGAGGAAAUUACAUCCAGAUGACCGACCUCUGCAAGUGCAACAAACCUGGUUACCGUCUCACGAGUGUCACUUUUUGGUCAGGAAGAAUCCUGAUUACUUACCGCUAUCCAGAAGAAAGAUCUUUUGGAUGUCAGAACUUCCACCUCUACCGACUUCGAGACUAUUUAAAAGUACUUCGGCCAGUAACCACAAUACAGCUGUAACACAACUAUCAAAGUCUUCGAUGUCGUUAGUACCUUGGAAGAAAACUCCGACCACAGAAGAAACAUUACAACCCGAAAAAUACAAUCAAGCGAAACCAAAAGAAAAAGAACCACCCAUUGUAAAAAGUUUCAGUACGGAAUUAAAAGUUUUCGAAUGUAAUAACAACGUCAAAAGUAAAGAAAAGGGCAACCCUGGACAAUCUUCUUAUGCCGAUUAUGAAAAUUAUUUUUAUAUUUAAAUACCAUGUAUUAUUUAAAAACCUGAAUGUAAAUUAUGUAAAUAAUAAUAAGUAUCGUGUGUCGUCUAGUUUUGUUUUUAAAUGUGAUAUUUGAUUAUUUGUUUAAGAAGGUUGUACCAAAGAAAAUGCCAUUUUUUUGUUUAAUAGGUACUUACGCUUAAAUUUUAUGUUGACUGCAGCAAAGGUAUCUAUCUAUAUGAAAGUUUAGAAUACAAAUGCGUUUUAGUAUUAAUUUAUAAUAUGAUCCUAUUAAUUUUUGUCUCUUGCCGGAUGUUAAGCAUAUGUGUAACCAAGUUACAUAAAUAAAGUAAAUUGUUUGUAUAUUUACAUACUAAUAUGUUUUCAUGUCAAUUUAAUUUAAGCCUUGUAAAAAGUUUUAAUAUAAAUGUGCAAUGUCAAAUUUUAGUGUUUAGCCUUAUAGUAAAUAGUGAAUAUUGUCAAACGU